CUGCCUUGUCACGCGGGGUUAGUAAAAGUUGGGAUAGGAGCUCCGGAGACAGAGAGAGAGAGAAACAGACAGGAGGAGAGAGAGAGAGAGAGAGAGAGAGGGAACGGGACAAUUAAACGGACUUUUCAUCGGCUUUAUAGCGAGCAUUAAACACCGGCGGAGGUCGGGAGACAGAGAGAAAUAUUGUCAGGAGGAGAGACAGAGGGGGCAGGCGACUUUCUCUGAAGUUGAAGCCUGAAUAAUUUCGCCAGUGAACUGCCAGAGGAAGAGGAGACAACGAGCGGUGUAUUUUGGAUUUGUCAAACGAGGGGGGGGAGACACGGGUUCGCGUAUGGCCAAAUGCUCUCGAGUUGGUAAAUGAACAAAAGUUGAAGUUCGGCGUCGUGGCAGUCGGUAAAUGUUGUGACAUUUUAGGAGAGCAUAAAUUGCUCCAGCGGUCGACGGUCGAGUGGCGGGGUACAAACCCGAGCUGUCAAACCCGAUGACUACUGCAAACUGCCCCGGGAAUGAGGAGCUGGACUUCAGACUGAUAUUCGGAGAGGACGGGCAGCAGCAGCCCUUAGGCCCCGCAGAUCUGGAGCCUGAUGACAACACAUCGUUCUACAUCCUAAAUGUGGGCCAGGCCCAGUCUAUGGUCACCAACCACCAGUCUAUUGGCCUGCCUCGUCAUGGCAUGCAGUCCCACUCGCAGGUCAUCAGCACUUCCCCGCGCUUUCAGUCACACAAACCAGGAUCUGAGCCUCCAAGCUAUGAGGUACACGACUCCAAGUAUGGCACCUCCCCCCUGCUGCCCUCUGCUCCUGUGGAGGCACCGAAGGCCUUUGAGUGCCCCAGUAUCCAGAUCACCUCUAUCUCCCCCAGCUGUCAGCAGGAGAUGGAUGCCAAUGAGGAGGAUCUGAGGGCCAAUGGCCCCGAUGGGGAGUACCACGGUGAUAGGCCCCUAUCCAGAGACCACCUGUAUCUGCCCCUGGACCACUCAUACCGAGACUCUUCGCUCAGCCCUAGCCCAUGCAGCAGCCUUUCCUCAAGGAGCUGGUUCUCUGAUGCCUCCUCCUGUGAAUCAUUCUCACAUGUCUAUGAUGAUGUUGACUCAGAGCUAAAUGAAGCGGCUGCCCGGUUCACCCUGGGCUCCCCUCUUACUUCCCCAGGUUGCAUCUCCCCUCAAACCAGUGGCGGAGUUUUGGAGGAGCAGCCUCACUGGCAGCACCACCACCCUGCCUUUGUGCACCACUCCCACUCCAUCAGCCUGUCACCCCGACAGUCCCCUUGCCACUCGCCACGCACCAGUGUCACCGAUGAAAAUUGGCUUAGCCCACGGCCACCUUCCAGGCCCUCCUCGCGUCCCACCUCACCCUGUGGGAAGAGGCGCCACUCUAGCGCCGACAUAUGCUACCCCGGCUCAUUGUCUCCUCAUCACUCACCCACACCCACACCAGGACCUUCACCUAGGGGCAGUGUGACGGAGGACACCUGGGUUGGCAGUCCUUCUGUAGGAAUGUCACCCUUCCAGUGCUGCCCUUCUGAGGCAGACAUCCCAUCCAAGACAAGGAAGACCUCACAGGACAGAACAGCAAUGCAGACUGGAAAAGGGGAUCUGGGGCUAGAUGACCAAGGAAAUAUGUCUCCUAAUCUAGACUCCCCUUCAGAUGAGGCCCUGCACAGCCUGAAGAAGGAUGGGCCUGGGGAACAGUUCCUCUCAGUGCCCUCUCACUUCUCAUGGAGUAAACCCAAGCCUGGUCAUACUCCUAUAUUCAGAACCUCCUCACUGCCUCCCUUAGAUUGGCCGCUGCCAAGCCAGUUUGGGCAGUAUGACCUGAAGAUAGAGGUGCAACCCAAAGCCCAUCACCGAGCGCACUAUGAGACCGAGGGCAGCCGAGGAGCUGUCAAAGCAGCGUCCGGUGGCCACCCAAUUGUCAAGCUCAUUGGCUACAGUGAGAAGCCCGUCAACCUGCAGAUGUUCAUCGGAACAGCAGACGACCGUUACUUGAGGCCGCACGCCUUCUACCAGGUGCACCGGAUCACCGGGAAAACCGUAGCCACGGCCAGCCAAGAAAUUAUCGUCUCCAGCACCAAAGUUCUCGAAAUUCCUCUCCUGCCCGAAAACAACAUGACAGCCAGUAUCGACUGUGCUGGCAUCCUCAAGCUGCGGAACUCGGACAUUGAGCUGCGGAAGGGGGAGACGGAUAUAGGAAGAAAGAACACACGGGUCCGUGUGGUGUUCCGAGUGCACAUCCCUCAACCCAACGGGAAGGUGUUGUCGCUGCAGGCUGCCUCUAUUCCUGUGGAGUGCUCCCAGCGUUCAGCUCAAGAGCUGCCCCAGGUUGAGAAAUCCAGCCUGACCAGCUGUCUGGUCAGUGGGGGAGAAGAGAUGGUCAUCACUGGCUCUAACUUCUUCCCAGAGUCCAAGGUCAUCUUCCUGGAGAAAGGCCCUGAUGGACGACCACAAUGGGAAGUUGAGGCAAAAAUAAUCCGUGAGAAAUCUCAAGGAUCGUGCAUCGUGGUGGAGGUCCCUCCCUACCACAGUAAGACUGUGGGCUCAGCUGUGCAGGUGCAGUUUUAUGUCUGCAAUGGCAAACGGAAAAGGAGCCAAUCGCAACGCUUCACUUACCUUUCAGUCAUGGUGAAACAGGAGCACAGAGACGAGCUGGACCUUCCUGCAGUACCCCCUAUGUCCAUGCCCCUGGCACAUGCUGCCAGUCUGGUGCGCACCCAGCUGCCUUCUCCUGAGCAGGGCCACCCAUCGGACAACCUUCUGUCCAGCUCCCCUCACGGCCUGGCCACGGGCUCCGGACCUGGCCUGCUACCCUUGCAGCCCCCCUGCCCUUCUUUGGGCUCCCCGUCUUUCCAGCACCUGCCUCACCUCCAGGGUCGCAGUUUGCACCACCCCCCUGCAGACUGCCACAUGACGUUCCACUCGAGCUCUGCUCCUGCUCCUCUUCCUGCUCCCCCCCGACCCUCCUACCAGCCUAUGCAGCACAGCCACAGUCACUGUCAUAGCUUGCCCUUCAACGGCCAGUCCAGCCUUCCUCCUCAGGGCUAUGAGAGGAUGCCCUUUCAGCACAGCCCCAGUGCAGCUUCACACCCAAUGGGCAUGGGAAUGGUGUAUCCUUCCUCCCCUUGCUCCUCGCCAUCAGCUCCCUCUUCUUCAACCCCCAACCCCAUUGCUGGGUCUCCCCAGAGCCAGCAACCCCUGCUCACCCCCUCAUCCCCACACCUCCAUACACUCGGAGGCUAUCACUGCUCCCCAAAUCCCACCCAGGUGCCCUCUCCCAGUGGCCACCCCCUUGUGGGGCAGCUCACCACUCAACUGCAGAGGGCUAUGGGCUACCACCCGGUAAGUCAAAGGUCAGCCUCCUGCCCCACACCGUCCAGCGCUCCUCCUCCACGGAUGAUCCCCUCUCCGCACUCUGGGCCUUCCUCCCCUCAGCUCCACUCGCUGCCCUACCAGUCUCCCACCUCAUCUUCCCCCACCUCUGCUGGAAGUCCUCUGGGGCCCCUGCAACAGCAGCAUUCAGGACAGCCUUCUCCCCAGGCUACAAGCCCGGUCAUGGCCAGCCUGUCCCCUGCAGCAGGGCCUCUGGUUCACCCUCUAAGCCCGCAGGGGCCCUUCCCCUCGGAUGGAGAGAGGCUGAACAUCAAACAGGAGCCAGAGGAAAGGGAGCCCACGUUCCGCUCCAUCGGCCUGCAGGACAUCACGCUGGACGAUGUGAAUGAAAUCAUCGGCAGAGACAUGUCCCAGUCUCCCAGCGCUCACUGUCCUCCAUCAGCACACAACCAGUCAUAGCUCAGCCCACACGAAAGCCCUGACGCAGCCUUUGGGUCAUGAACCGUCCCCUCCAGCUGUUAAACCUGCAAACCCCACAGCUCCAACACUGACUGUGGACCCCGCUCCCGGUCUAGGUGCUGGUCCGGCUGCUGGUCCUGUGUGCGAUGGGACAAGAGGGCAGGAAGAAAAAAAAGAAAGAAAAAAGACUGUGGUCAAAGACAGAAGAGCGGUUGGAGAUUCUGUUAAAGCCUCAUGGACCUGCUAGACCACCAGCCUGACAAGAAGACAUUUAAAACUCUACUAUUUCUCUCAGUUAGAGAUAGAGAUACGGAACUCGCAACUUCGCACAGAUUAAACUGAAAGCUGAGUGAGAGAAUGUAGGUUGAAAUGGUUGGAGAAUAAUGAGGAUUAAUGAGAUUGUCAACACGUGAGCUGUCCCUCUUCAUUAGGUGUGUGCCUGACCUUUCAAAGCACUGCUGUCUUCCUGACCAAUCAGCUCUCUCCGUGAGUUCGGAGCACUUACUUUUUCAAAUAACUUUCUGUAUCGGAGACAAUACGACGGCGGGUGUUGUCGUCCCCCCCUUCUCACCAGCAAUUACCUUCAUGAAUGAAGACGUCUCGAGAGACAGACAGAGAGAGAGAGAGAGUGCGCACGGUGCUCUCACAGGAAGCCAGAGCUGGGAUUCAAAACCGGUCUGAAGGUGGUUUCAGUUCUCUGAAGUUAGAGUUUCUCAGGCAAAAAAUUCUAUAAACAGCAGGAUACCGAAACUCCCAGCAUGCUACAGAACAUUCGUGAUUGCCUGAAUGAGCAUUAGCAAAAGUGGGGCAUGAUGUGGCAAAAAUGAAUCACACUUGUGAUUUACACUUGACAUUUUACAUUUAAAGAAUUCUGGGAAAAUUAAUUAUUAGCCAAAAAAUUGUCCGGCCUGAACGAUCAGAGUAGUUCGUAAAAAAAUCUUUCAGAAAAAAAAACCUGUCCGGUCCCAGUGUUUGUGCUCGUGGGUUAGUGAUGACAGCACCGUCCGCUCCUCGUCUUUCUCCCUUUUAAAAGCUAAAACCAUUCAGGUGCUGGAGUGCAGGGAAACUGGUAGGGAGGAUGAACUGAUCUGGGAUCUGCAACCUGCAACAUUCCGACAACUUUUAGUAACCAUGCAGCCAUGUAGAUAUCUGUACAUGACCCCCCCCCCUUCCCCCCUCCUUCCUUCUUCUCUUAUGUUUUAUCUUUACCCCCCCAUGUGUUUUCUUUUUAUCCUCUUCAAGUUGAACAAAUGCCUUAUUAACACUUAGCAGCUUUGAAUGGUAGCGAAACCUUUUUGUUGUUGUUGUUGUUGUUUUGCACAGCUGGCUUUGAGUUAGACUGUAAUAUUUUUUCGGAAACAGAUUUGGGUCAUGUGGAUAUGAUUUCAUGCGUCCUGAGGAGGGACCUCUCUGCUUCGGAAAACUUAUUCUCAUGCAAUAAUUCUCCAGAUCCCAGGGGCCCCUCGUGUGCCUUCUAAUUUCUAACAGCCACCAUAUUUUGCGAUGGUAUGGCAAUCUAGGCGACAAACAAUGGGAAAUAAUCUGACAAAACGUUUGGAGGUAUUUUAUACUUAAAGAUGUCUAUAUAUUGCAUUUCUGUGUUGAACAAUCCCAAAGUGUGGAGAACGGCGUCUGGAUGUAACAGGGUUCCUGUUCCUUCCACAUCCCCUGUUUGCAACAAUCAGUGUUUGCUGUUCACAAUCUAAAUACUUCUCCUUAACUGUCUCCAGAAUGGUAUCUAUUUCUCGAUGAUUUAUUCAUUAAUAUUAUAAUAUUCUGACAGACAUGCAGUGCCUGUAGGGCAGCAAUAACACAGUCUGGAGGAGAGAGUGUUUUCAGGCAGAUACGACGCGCGGAUGCGGACGGACAGAUUCCCGGGUGCAGAUUCCCUUUGGCUGUUUUGCCUUAAGCUUGACAAUGUUGCUCCUGCAUGAGAAAGCUGAGGAGUGUUUGCUUUUGACAGCUUGAAGUCAGUUUCCAGGUGAAAAUGAUUCUGCUAUGCAUUAAAAUUCUGCCUAAUGCCUUUAAAAAUGAGAAAAAAAAUAAGACAAAAAAAAGACCUUGAUGCCUAUAGAAGUAGACUGUAGACUUAUUGUAGAUGCUUCAUUGAUUCUGUUAGCAUCCUGGAGUUGCCCAUCAGCCAAUCUGCCUUGUCAAGGACAUAGUGCAAGCAUCUUAAUAGGUUCAGGUGUGUGUGUGUGUGUGUGUGUGCGUGUGCGUGUGUAUGUAUGGAUGGAUGGUGCUUGUACCAAAUAUGCUGUACAGAAGACAGGAAUUGUAAGAGUCCUAUUUUCGACAACAGAAGCACACACAUGUAUUUAGGCUAUGCAAACUAUAACAGCAGCAAAGGUGAGAUACGACAUUAAAUAUGAAAAAUGAGAUUAUAAACUAUUUGUAAUAAUGUUGCUUAUGAACUUCACAGAGCAGACAGAAAAAAAACAUUCAGAUAGUGAGAGUAUCAUGUCACUAUGUAAACUAUUAGGAUGCCUUAACUUGUUUGAAGACCCGUUUGUCAGUGUGUCUGUAUGCUGUUGUGGGUUGAUUUAUUUUUUAUUUUUCAUGACUAAGACAUAAGUCAGUAACUUUUUAAAAUUUGUUUGUUUGUUUUUUUGGGGGCAUAGGUUGGACGUUGAGGGGUUGGGUGGGAGAAGGGAGAUGGCUUUUUUUGCAUAUAAAGCUGGUUCUGCAGCUUGAAAGACUUGAUUCAACAAAACAAAAAAGAAACAAAACCAGCAUUGACAGUAAACUCUGGCUGCCGUCCUCUUCUGUCACAACCAAAGACCGAACAAUAUGUUCCCAUAUUACAUUAUGGUAAAGCAACAGAGACUGUACAAUUCUAUUUUUGAUACUUUGAAAAUGGAUGUCAUUCCUAAAAGGUUGGGGACAUGUAUGAGUGUUGAAAAAAUAAAUAAAAAGACAUAUAUAUAUAUAUAUAUAUAUAUACAUACAAACACACACACACACACACACACACAGAUAUAUACAUAUAUAUGUAUACGUAUAUAUAUAUAUAUAUAUAUAUAUAUAUACACAUACAUAUAUAUGUUUUGUAAAAUAAAAGGGAAAUACAGGUUUAGCUGAUGUUUACCGAGCCUUGUAUUGUCAUUUCUUGUAUAUUUUGUAUGUUAAAUUUUUUGUAAUUUUUAAGACUGCAGUGCUUUUUGAAAUUAUUCAAAGGGAAUACCUUGCAUCAUACUGUAGGCUCUAAAGUAGUGUAUAUCAAUAAAACAGAAAACUCA